AUGCAUGACUUGGCAAGCCACGAGCUUAUCCAAGCCAAUCCGAGCUCCCUCAAAAUGAUUUUAUUUAGCCGUCAAAUUAUUCAGUUCAAAAUGAUUAGUGCUCUAGAUCAGAUGCAAGCUGCUGCUUGCACAGCUGUAUAUUUUGUUAUGUUAAGCGGUGAGUAUUUAAAAGAAAAAUAAAUUAAAAAACAAACAAAUAAUGAAAGAAGAUACUGUGAUGCGUGCGAUUUAUAAAAAUCGUACUAGGUAAAUUAUAUAUUUUUUAUAUUUUUAAAUAUAAAUAGAUAAAGCACAUAUUUAUUUAUUAUCACUUUUUAUUUUUAUAAUAUAUAGACAGACGAGUUAGAGCGUUCCUAUGGCGCGUGUAGUGUACCGAGCAACCAUAUUUGGCUCAAUACCACACACCGUGGGAACCAGCCUUAAAAUAACUGUUUUUUAUUUUUGUUAGACAUAAUAAGAAAAUUAUAACGACAAUAACAAAAAAAAUUUAAAUAUAAUAUAAUAUAAAAAUAUAACAGUUAAUUAGAGAGUUGACUAGAAUAACUGGAAAACAAAUUAAAUUUAUAACUGAUAAGAGUUAAAUGUUAUACAUAACACGAUAGGCAUACUUGAUAAUUUUUCACAAGUCCAUUGAAAUAUGAAGUAAACAACUGCAGCAACCUAUUUAGUCAGUGGUAUUAAACUGGUUAAUGGUGAUAAUAGUUGACUGUAUAGACUAUUUAGAUUUCUGAAAAUCAAUAUUGAAAGUUUGAUCAAAUUCAUUUUAUUUUAUUAUUUUUUUGUGAUAACCUACCUAGUUUAAAUUUUGAUAUGCCAUGAUUCUUGAAACUAAAUGUCAUUAAUAGAUAACAAAACAAUUUUCUUUUUAAGUUCCAGAAAAAAAAAAUCAAUGAAUCACAGACUUUCCCUAAUUAAUUUUAAGUCCCCAACUUCUCCAGUUGUGUACCAUUAAUGAUCUCAUUUUUAAAAAAUUAUCAGUUAAUACCUUACAAUUUAGCAAGGUAGAAUAAUAUGGUAGAUAUAAAUAAAACUACAGAGACUAUGUAAUAAGUAAAAUUCAAAUAGAGGAAGAGUAGUAGAAUGUCAUUUGUGUAUCAAUAUUCAGUACUGCGCACAGUGUUUUACUAUUAUAAGAAAUCAUAAAUUUAUUUAAACUAAUUUUCAAUCUAUUUAUGAAUUUUUAGUAUAGAUACAUAUUUGAAACCCAAAGUUGAUAUCGCCAUAGAAUACUCUUUAAUUGUUGUGAAAACUCUAAGGAUUCGAAAAUAUUGGUUUUAACUACGCUUAAAAAUUCCAACAAUCAGAAUUUGAAUACAUUAUGCAAAAUUUAACAAAAAAAAAAAUUAGACGAGCAUACUUAGAGAAUCAGCCUGCAUAUUUUAUUAUUUGUUUUAAUUUUUCAAUAAUAAUUUGCCUAUAUACUAUAUAGUAUACACAAUGAACAAAAAUGAAAUAUUGAUAAAUGUAUCAAUAUUUCAUUUUUGUUCAUUUUAAUUUACUUAUGUAUGACAAAUCAAUUUCAGUAAAUUAGUUAUCUCAUAAAAUCCUUGUAUUCUUGAAACUUCUACUAUAUAUAUUAAUGUAUAAACAAUUAAAAUAACACUUAAUCUAGGUAAGUAUGACACACCUUCCUUCAAAAUUUGUUGCCAAAAUUCAAAUAGCCAAUGACACCUUAUGUAUUAAGCAAUCGUUUGAUGUUUAGUCAAAACGAUCUGGCAAAUAACAUAUCAUACACAGAGUCGGUCUAAUUGAAUGAAUUGCUAAACUGGGGCCACGGACUACUUUAGCUUCAUUAAUUGAACUAUGAUAAUAUAUUAUUUACUACCAAAAUAAUAUAACUGAAAUAUUGAAAUUCACACAACUACCUAUUACAACCUCAUGAGUAGGUAAAUCCAGUGUAUACAGAAAAAUAUACAACUCCUACAACUUCCGCGCCCUAAUCAUGAAUAUUUAUCAUUAAAAAAAUUGUUUAAAUUAAUUUAAAUGUAAAUGUAACCCAAAUGAUUGCAUGUAUUAUUUAAAACUUUAAAAAUAUAGUCAACAAAUAGCACCAUAAAUUAAUUAUUACUAUAACUAUAGUAACAUUAAUCUAUGAUUACGACCUUUUCUAUGUCUCCAAAUGAACUGCUGAUCUGGAGUUAAAGCAGUUGUAGUGUGGUAAAAAAAGUUUGAAUGAACUGAAACUGAACAAGGUUCAUAAUAAAUUAUGUAAGUGAGUAUUAUUAUUAAUUAUAAACUAUAUGACAUAAAAAAAGUGAUAUCACACACAUUACUCAGUGUGGGCAACAUAAUAUUGUGAUGUCAUAAUAAUACUCAUAUACAAGUGUCUGCUGAGUUCCAAGUUCCCAAAGUCCAAAAUUACAUGAUUUUUACCUCCAGUUACCUGUUGCAAAAAUAUCGUCUACUUAAAAUCGUUCACCAAAAAUGAUUAAAUUUUGUAUACGUGAAAAGUUCUACCGUAUUUAAAUGAUCUGUUAGUGUUGUGUUUAUGUUGAAAAUUGCAUGUUAAAACCCAGUUCAGUUGAGACGUCCAGGUUCGGUCGGCCUUGUUUGAAAACAGUCUCGAGUACCCAGCUGACUGCACGUCAGCACAGCAAGUCGCCAACCUAGAACCGACGUCUGAAGACCAGAGGCCUAGGAUUUUUGUUAAGGGAUAAAGGCAAAAAUGGCAUUCAUCUAAAUAAAUAAACACAUGUUUUUUUUACGGAGAAAAUAAAGAAUUGUUUUAUUGAAUCAUUUAUCAUCAAAUAGAAGUAAAGCUGAUUUGUCAGAAAAGCCCAUGAGCAUAAAAACGGUCAACUGAGAGAAAGUGAAUAAUAGGUACAAUUUUACAUAGGUAUAUAGUAUUCAUGGAAUGAUAGACAUAUAUCCGAAAAACAUAUAUUUCAGAUAUAUAUAUAUAAACUUGGGUGUUAACCAGUCACAAAACUUGUGGCCCGGAUCGAAUAUUGAUAUCAUGGGAGCGUUCAGGCCGGGAUUUAUUACUACUUAAAAAUAAUGACAAAUUCACAUCCACGUGUGUGCAAAUCAAUAUAUGUAUAUAUUGAGACUGACAUCCACGUGGAAUUUAACUGGAUAAAUGUUCAGAUAGAAUAGACUAUACACUAAGAAAUGAAUAAAUAUAUUUUUUCAUAGAUACCACUACACCAGUACAUGGAUUUCAUACUUUGUUAUCCAUGUUACUACGGAAACCUCUAGUUCAAAAAAAAAAAUGUUAUUUCUGAACUAAAAUUACUUAUAACCUGUAUUUAGGGAAUGAUAUUCAAUAGAGGGUGAAUUUUAAUAGCUAUUAACCUUCUCCGGACGAUACGGAAUAUUUUACAAAAAACUGCGUUAAAAUCAGCCAAGCUGUUCUGCGAUGACCAAAGAUAAUAGGGAUUCAUUUUUAUACAUAUAUAGAUUAUAUUUAUAAUCAAAUUAUAUUUAAAAUACAUAUAAAUAAAUAUAUAUUAACUGGGGCGUCAACCAGUCUUAAAAAUUAUCGUCCAGACGCAGGUAGUGAUAUAACGGGGAGCGUGCAGACCGGGACUCAUUAAUAGUUAUUGAUAAUGACGAUUUCACAUCCACAUGUGUGCAGAUCGACAUGUGUAUAUAUUGAGACUGACAGCCACGUGGAAUUUUCGUGGACACAGUAUAUACUUGGGACACCCCAGCAGGAAUGUGAGGUUUGCUAGGUCACAUAUAUUAUAACCGGAAAGGGUAGCUGAACACUCUAAUUCCAAGUUGAUUAGUCCGUGGUUGUGGUAGCCCAACGGGUUAACCUACGGAUCGCGAGAUUCUUUUUUUUAGAUAUGCACAUACACGUGGUUGCGAAGCUUAGUGCUUAGAGAAAGUGAAUAAUAGGUACAAUUUUACACAGAUAUAUAGUAUUCAUAGAAUGAUAGACAUAUAUCCGAAAAACAUAUAUUUCAGAUAUAUAUAUAUAUAUAAACUGGGGUGUCAACCAGUCCCAAAACUUGUUGCCCGGACCGAAUAUUGAUAUCAUGGGAGCGUUCGGUCCGGGAUUUAUUACUACUUGUUAAUAAUGACAAAUUCACAUCCACGUGUGUGCAGAUCAAUAUAUGUAUAUAUUGAGAAAUCGAUUUGGAAUCGAUUCGGUUUGGAAAUCGAUCGAUAAUAUUACUCUUUUUUUUUUUAGAUACACACAUAACACGUGGUUGCGAAGCUUAGUGCUUAAAGGGAAUAAAAAAAAAAUGCAAGGGGGGGAUUGGCCUAUUGCGCAUAGGAUGUGGAACGCGAGGAUUAUUACAAUGAGACACGACGCACAAACCUAAUAGACGUUGGUUGAUCUCACUAGAUAUAACAGAAGAAUUUAACAUAAAAUAUUAUAUCGUACACGAAUUUAACAUACGAGAGAAAGAAAAAAGGAAAAAAAAACAUUUUAGACAAAAUAUUCUCAACCAACUUAAAACUAAAUAACUAACGGGGUAUGGGCCAAUUAUUAAAUUACAUGUAUAUUACCAGUCAACUCGCCCGAAGAUGUCCGCCCAGUGGUCCAGAUCGGGACUCCAUCGGUUCGUUUGAGGUACCAUCAGGAAACGUGCCAAGGUAUACGACCUUUCUUAAUGGCAAAAUAUGCGAACCCGUACAGUACGGAAGUGUUUUAGCAAAAGAACUGUAUCAAAAGACCGUCCGGUGACAAAAUCUAGACACGAAGAAGGAACGAACAAAACAAAAAUAAUUAGGAAGCGGAGCGCAAAGACAUUCGUGAUACGCGUUGCCACGGGCCGACGUUUUUGGCGAUAAGGGGAAACAUGAUCUGAUUGGCCGUUAACCGGUAGUCAGGAAUAUAACAUUAUUGUAAAUUGCGAAAGAUUGCAAUCGCAUAGACCUUAUCGCGGGGAAGAUUAUUAUUCAUGAUGACAUGACAUAUCCGUCGACGCGGGCGUAAUCUAUUAACUAGUCGACUAUAUUGAUUGUAGGUAUGCUUGUCUUUCGAUAACAGAAAACGGUCGAUGUAGCAAACUGGAAGUCAAGCUGUAGGUAUUGUAAUUUACCUUUCUUUUAGUUUCAUUAAGUUCUCGGUCAUAGCCGAUGGACAGCUUUUACGUUCGUUCAAUUAUGUAGGUAAUUAUGUAACAUUACAGCAAACAAAAAAAUUAAAUCGGGAAUAAUAGUUAUGCCCUUUUCGUUUGUGUAUAUGAGCGAAAAGUAAUAAUUAUUUUCACAAAAGUACAAAUAGGUAAUUUUUUUAUAAUAUAUUAUACAACUUCUAACAAUCGUAAUACAAAUAUUAAUUAGUAAAAUAAAAAAGUAAAUACAAAAUCAUUAAAGUGGUUAAUACUCGUAAACAAAUGUAUAAAUACAAAUUUAUAUAUAAAAAUAAAAAAUAAAUGAUUCAAUGCGUUGCCUGGAGUAUUAUGAUAAGUGUAUUAUACGAUCAGUUUCAAAUUCAAAAUUCAUUAUUAGGUAUAUCACAGUCUAAUGUUAAAACGCGACUAGUCACAAUAGUAUUUUUAAAUUUUAUUUCAGAAAUAUGUUCUUUAUAUCUUAUUUUAAAAUUUCUAUUUGUCUUGCCUACAUACAAUUUAUUACAGUUACAUUUAAGUUUAUAUAUACCAGAAUUUUCAAAAGAAGGGGGAUUUUUUUGUGAAGUUUUUAGUUCUAUUGUUUAUAUGUUUGAUUAAAUUAUUAUUAGUCUUAAAAGCGAUUUUUACAUUAUUUAUAUUAUUGUUUAAUGUUUGAUAUGUAUUGAAUUUAUUACCUUAAUUUAAUAAAUUGUUUUCAACUUUAUUUAAAAUUAUGGAUGUUAAAUUAGUAACUCUUGGUUGAAAAGAAUGUUGGGUUUUAAGUUGUAAUUUCUGUGUAUUUUGUGCUACUAAAAUAUUAAUUCUAUUAUUAACCCUAUGCAAUUUCUCAUUUUUCGUAUAUAGAAAUUUUUGUUGUAUGUAAUUUUUAAAGUGUGAAAUUUGUAUGUGGUUUAAAUUUUGGAAUAAAAUUGUUUCUAAAUUAUUAAUCUCUUCUACUAUUUAUAGGUUUUUUGCUAAAUAAAUAUUUUAUUUGAGAGUUCAACCAUAUUGUCUCUGCUCCAUUCUUGCCUUUGAUUGCAGCUUCAGACGUAUAUUUGAUAUGUAUGUUGAUGUAUUUUAAAACAACUUUCAAUUUCUUACAAGUUUUAUUGAAGUAGAUAUUCAUAUUGGUAUUCAUUAAUUUCAUGUUUAAAUAUUCAAUUCUGUUCAUUAACCGAGUUGGAACAUUGGCUUGGCCUGCCAUAACAUAUAAUAAAAUAAUAAUAAAAAAAAAAACAAAAUUAUUAAAGUGAUUAAUACUCGUAAAUAAAUUUAUAAAUGUUUCAGAUACAACUAGAAGUAGGACAGAGAAAACUAAUGACAAAAUUGGAUAAUGUCUAAUCAAUUUAAGUGUUUUGUUUAAAGAAUCAAAGUGGAAGUUAAACAGAACGUUUUAAAGAUGUUACAGGGAGCAUAUAUUAAAGGAAAAUAAUCGCCUAGAUCAACCUUACACAAGAGCACAGAGAGUAUUAGCAAAUAUGUCAGUAGUGAAAUGAACAACGCACCGUUAAAUGACCCAAACUUUUGUCUCGAAAUAGCUAUUCACAGGAGCAAUUUGUAAAAAACUACGAACUAUAAAUAUGUUAGAUAGACGAGAAAAAAUAGAUUUUAUAAUAAUAAUAUAUCUAGACGAAUAAGUAAAAAUUAAAAUUCAACUAGGUAUGGACCGAGCAAAGGCAUUGAUGGAAAAUUUAAGAUUCUGUUAGGGAAGGGCCUCAUAGGGAACAGAUAGAUGAUAAUAAAUUAACAGUAGAAUGAAUAAAAAAGCCUGCAGAAGGACAUCAAAUCCUUAUUCGCAAGAUAAAUUGCUAAGAGUAUUAUGUCCCAUAUUAUGCUUCAUAUAUGAACUAAUAAGAGUAAAUGAGGAAACCUAUUUUAAGUGUGAGAAUUUAGCAAAGGACCUCCAGUUGAGAGAUGAGGGAGUAUUUUUAACAUCCAAUUAAUCUCACUUAUCAAGAAAAUCAUUGCUUUUAUUGGUUAAAAAAUAUAUAUAUAUAUAAAUUCAGUGUGGAAUUUUAAAUACCUAAUAAUCAUUUUAUUCAUUAUAUUAUAUUAAACUAGGUGUUCUGGCCACACUUUGCUGCGGCUCUGAUAAUACUAAAGUAAAUAUUAUAUUGUUGAUACCUACCUAAAUUUAAUGAAACAGUAUUUUCUACUGAAGAAAUCAUACAAGAAGUCACACAUAAAAAUUUUAGAAGACUACUAAAAGCUGCAGUCCCAAAUAUCAUAGUAACUAGAAUGAAGAACGUCAGUUAAUCGCUAUCAAUUUUUAACAAUUUUUAAUAUUUUUAACAAGCAAACUACCUAUAUAAUUAAAAUUUGUUUAAUUAUAUUUUAGGCAAAAGAAACAUUUCCUGAAGUUACUCAUGCUUCCCAGAAAAGCACUUUAGCUGAUCCUUUUGAUGUAAAAAGAAUUAUUGUGAAGGUAAUAUUUUAUUGGUUCAAUAAUAUAAUAAUAUAUAUAUAUAUAUAUAUCUAUAUCUAUAUUCCAAUAACUAAAUAAUUGUCAAAAAUGUAAAAAUUAAUUUUAACUUUUAAAUCUUAGUAUUAAUUAUAUAAUAUUAAAUCCAUUCCUAUAUAGUUAUUAGAAUUGAUUUAUUCAGUUUUAAAAAUGUUUCAACGUCCAAAAACGACUAUUUUCUGUUACAGGACAAACAUACCUGCAAUCGAUAUGGUCGACCAGUUAAUAGAUUAUGCCCGUGUAGAUGGAUAUGUUAUGUCAUUGUGAGCAAUAAUCCUCUCCCCCCGCGCAAUGGUUUAUGCGAUCGCAACCUUUCGCAAUUGGGAUUUGCAGAUAAGCCGACGCUACCUGGUGGCGGAUUUUUUUAAUUAAUAAAAGUAGGACUGAUAAUAAAUCGUUGAAUGCGAUCAUAGACAAGUGAGAUUUAUUUAAAAUAAAUAUUAUUUUUUUUUUUUAAAUUGAGUAGGUAGUCAAGUGAUUAACUUAUAAAAUUGUAAUUUACAUUUUGUUUUAAAUUAAUUAAAUUAAAAAUCAAUAAUCGAACAAAAAGCAAUGUGUACUGCAAUGUAUUUGGCUGCAAAACAUUUUAUACCGAUGACAAAACUAUAAGCUUCCACUGGUUUCCAAAAAAAGAUGGAGUUGCACCAUGGGCAAACAAAACUGGAAAUGUAGAAAAUAUUAAUAAAAGACGAGCUUAGGCAAUAAAUCUAAAAAUGGAUAAACAAACAUUAAAAAAAGAUUGAGAAUUUGUUCCAAGCAUUUUACUGACUACUGUUUUUUUCCACUUAUCCCAAGUAUAUUUUCACAAUAUAAUAAUUCAACUAUAGGUACAUUUUCCAUAAAAAUGUAAAGUAUUUUUUGUAAGAAAUGAAUGAACUAUACUGAAGUAGUUUUUAAUUCAACAUUGCAGUGUUAGGGUCUUAUCUAAAUUAUAAGUUUUAAUUUAUGUUAUUAAGAUUUGCAAAAAAUAACCAGGAGACUAAAAAAAAUGCCAUACCAACUCAGAACCAAAAUCUAUUGUUUAUCAGCCUUCACUAAAAAAAAAAUAUCCCAAAGAUGUAUUAGAAAUCAUAAUUUAAUGGCUAAGCAAAAUUGUGAGGUAAUUCAUUUUUAACUUCAAUAUUUAUAAAUUUUAAAAUACUUUUAAUUAACUUGGUUUAAUAUUUAAUAGCAUGUGAAGAGUUCGGAUUUUUCUUUUGUACAAGAAAAUUUAAUACAUGAAUAUGAUACAGUUCCAACACAAUCAGUUGAUAAAAGUGACAUUCCAAUAAACAAAGAAUUCCAUAUUCUUAGUAUUAUGGAUGAUAUUGGACAGAAAUCUAAAACUAGAGAUUUUACAGUUCAAGUGUCUACAGGCGAUAUUGCAAAUCCUUAG